GGAUAAACUGCCACUGCUGCAUUCUUUAAGCAAAAGCACACCCACAUGAGAAAACUGCACAGAGAUGCAGGUGCCACAAAGAUUUACCUCAAGGACCAGCAGCAGAGGAUUUCAUGAGCUGGUUUUCUGUUAGGAUAUACCACAGCUAAAGCACUUCAAAUGAUGGAAGAACACGGAAAGCUUUGUGAUCCACAAGAUGCAACCUAUUGCAUGAAUGGAGGGACAUGUUAUAAAAUGCCAUCUAUUGAUACGUUCUUCUGCCACUGCACGGGAAAUUACGCAGGAAGCAGAUGUGAGCAUUUAACGCUACAAUAUCAAUCUUUGGAUGAAAUGGAGAGAGGAUUAUUAGCAGCUGUGAUCAUCAUAGUCAUCCUCAUCUUGGUGGUGCUGGCUGUUGUCAUCUACUAUGUGCAAAAGAUGAUAAGACAAGGAAAAAUGACAGAACAAAAACGGAACAAGGGCCUCUUCAGAGAAACCUCGAACAUAUGAGCUUUCCUAAUGAUAUCUCUGUGUGUUUGUGUGUGUUUUAAAAUAAUAAAUAUAUUUUUUAAUUUUGUUACAGUUAACUAUGUAAUCUGCAGAGUCUCUUUUAAAAUGAGUAAAUUUAUGGAAGAUAUGAAAUAAGUGGUUGGGAAAUUAAUGCAGCUUCUUAACUUUGAUAAAAGUUAGAAGCCACAACUUUUUACAUUUCAGUGUAUUUUUCUAAAUGUGCUUUCGAAAAGUGAGUUGAGACAACCUAAUCUUGUUUUGUGAAAUAUUUGGUAGAAAAAAACAAAACAAAUUAACACAAAACAAAGCAACCAAUUGUAAAAAGUAACUGGAUGCUUUAAAAAAGUAGUUGUAAUAAACAUGUUUGUAAAUGUUUUAGUAUAUUCUAUGGUGCUUACUUUAGAAUUAUGAAGACGGUUUAUUCAUAUCCUUUUUUUAUGACAGUGCUUUUUUAAGCCGUUGUGAAAUUGUAAUUGCCCAAGAGAACCUCUAGACUGGCCAUAGUGAUCUCAAUUCCC